UGUGACAAGAGAGAGGGAGAGAGAGAGAGCAAGCAAGCAAAAGUCGUGUGUAUGCUUGCUACAACAGCGAGAGAUGGCUAGCAACAAGAGCUUGAUUUUUCUUCUAUUUGUGGUUUUAGUUCAUUUGCCAGCAAUUUUCUGCCAAACCCCUAUGCAAGGAGAAUACAGAGCACCAUGGACAGAAGAAAAGCUAUUCCAUAAACCCAAAUAUCUGACAGCAAACGAUGUCCGUAACAUGACUUCACAGAGCAACAUUUCCCACAUGUGGUAUAAUUACCUGAGACCAAUGCUUCGGGAGAGAUACCCAGGAUCUGUUGGGAAUAUCGCAGUGCACCAGCUCAUCAUAAGUCAGUUAAGUGAACUCCAGGCUGGCUGGGUAAUUGAACAGGACACUUUUCAAGAGGCAAUACCCUAUGGAACAGUUACAUUUUCCAAUAUCAUCAGUACACUGAAUCCCUUAGCCAAGCGAAGGCUGGUGCUGGCUUGCCAUUAUGAUUCAAAAUACUACAAUGAGUGGUGGUAUAGCAGAGUCUACGUGGGUGCCACAGAUGCUGCUGUGCCCUGUGCUAUGAUUUUGGAACUGGCUCGGGCACUGGACAAUCUGCUACUUCAGUUAAAGAGUACCAGUGACAGGCCAGAUCUUACACUUCAGCUCAUUUUCUUUGAUGGAGAAGAAGCAUUUCAAUAUUGGUCAGAGAAUGACUCACUGUAUGGUUCUCGACAUUUGGCACAGAAGAUGGAGAGGAUUGCUCAUCCACUGGAUGCAACUGAAACCAACCAGCUGCAUGCAAUUGAUUUAUUUGUGCUAUUGGAUCUCCUUGGUGCACCAAAUCCAAGAUUUCCAAGUUACUUUCCAAAUACAGCUCGGUGGCACAGAAGACUACAGCUAAUAGAACAACGCCUUCAUCGUCUGGGUUUACUGAGUGACCAUCCAAAUGAGGUGAAAUAUUUCUGGAACAAGAGGCAAGCUGCGCACAUUGAAGAUGAUCAUGUACCAUUUCUGCAGCGAGGUGUUCCCAUUCUGCAUAUCAUACCUACACCUUUCCCUCAAGUGUGGCACAGCAUGGAAGAUAAUGAGAUUAACCUUGAUCCAACAACAAUUGAAAAUCUCAAUAAAAUACUGCAACUGUUUGUUUUGGAGUAUCUUAGAUUGUAAGUUAGAUCUAGUGUUAAGAAUAAUGGUCAUGACAAAAUAAUGGUCAUGACAAAUCAUAUGGAUUUCAAGAAAUUCGAACAGCAGCCACUUCGUGUUGCCUUAAUAUAAUUUGGAAACUCUUAUUAGAAUCAUACAAACUUACUCACCCAAUUAAUAUCUGUUUGUACUUAAUGAGUUGAAUUAAUUAAUAUUGAUUGUUACUAACCAAUUAAUGUUUCAUUUUGUGCAAUUUUGGUGAACAAUGCAUAUCGGUUUUAAUUUCUUAGGUAAUGUUGUUGUAGUAGAGAUUCACAACCUUUUUGGUGAAUUUUGCAUUUGUCUAUCAUGUGGGUAGCAUUUAGCAGUAGUAGACAUUUUGUGUGAGCAAAAAGUUUCAACACGAAAGAAUAUUCAGUUCUGUACUUUGUGUCCUAAAUUAUGUACCUGGAACAAGUGCUUGUAUUAAAGUGUUACAACAUACGGUGUGAAGUCAAUUUAAUAAAAUAUUUUUGAAGUUAGUGGGUGACAAUUUUGUCUUUUGUCUCUGCUUCAAGACAUUUGGUUCUCCUCAAUAGAAUCAAAUAUGCAGAAGUGAGUAUAACCACCAGUUGACACUUUGGCACUCAUUUAGUGCGUGAUCAAAGAUGAGCUUCUACCCAAAACUAUAGAAGGAUUCCAUCUUUCCAAGUUGAAAAUAAAGGAUUAAAAAUAUGUAUUGAGUUUCUAACAAUAGAAUGGCAUAGACAGCAUUUUCAUAACAGUAUCAGUUUAAGUGCUUGGAGAGCUUUGCCUUCUCUAACAGGACUGUCACCAACAGAAGUGAAAAUAUGUGUUGCUGUUCACACUCUUCUUUAACAAUCUAAUUACACCAAAAAGAAUGGCUUGCAAAUUAAUGCCAUGUUAUUUUAUACUGUACAUGGUGCAGAACUUUACCCUUGUUUGCUUAUGCCAAAUGUUAAUAUAGCACCUGGGGCUGAACUGAAUUUCUGAAGAGGGGAUAAUGCACAGUUAGCAUUAUAUACAUAAAAGUGACUAAGUGUGAGUUUCUUAUCAAGGAAGAGUUUUGUAUUUAAUUGCAUGCAUAAAUAUGGUUCUAUGUCUGUUUUAAUUUCUUGCAUUAAAAAAAU